UUGACGCGGGCCAAAUUUUUCAAUAAAACAAAAACUUAGCAAAACCCCUUCUUAGUUCCAAUGAUGGAUAUAAAAGACAUUAUAAAAUGGUUCAUACCAUGUUAUCAUUUACUAUUGCGUUUCGCUAGAAUGGAUGUGCGUUUGACUUUCGUUUGUUUAUUUUUAUUUUUUUCGUGUCCCAGUUACGCGGGAAAAGUGAACAGUGCAAAAGAUGUAGGUUUUAGUGAUAAACAUUCUAAACAAUUAAAUAUUAGUAGUGAUUAUUAUAAUUAUAGCCAAAGCAAUGUUCCUUUAAGUGAAGAAAGGUCCAGUUUUGAAGGAGAUACCUCGAUGGGUCGUACCUUCGGUCGUCCGUUCAAGAAGAUGAUCCAAGCGUUCAUACCACUCGCAUUUCAAAUGGGAGCAGCAUCCACUUGGGCUGUCGUAGCCGCCCUUGUGGGUGUCAAGACAUUAGCCAUAACACUGCUCAUUCUCAAAGUCUUGUUAAUAGCUGGAGCUGCUAAAAUUGGCGCGCUAUUUGGUGCAGCUAAAGGCCAUCAUGGCGGAUGGGAGCAACCUCACCAGAAAGAAAUUCAUCUGCACAUACACGGACAACAUGGUGAAGAACAUAUUCCUAUAUCGCAAUGGAAUCGGGAGGGUCAAAGUUCGGAUCCGAAGCAUGUAAACGUGGUGUAUGAGCCAUAUGGCGGACCACAGACUAUCAGUACACCGUAUGGACAUUAUAUGAAGAUUGAACCAGGUAGUCAACAACAAUAAUUCUACAAAUAUAUUAUAAUGAGAAAGCUGGCUAGGCUCUGUACGACAGUCUUAAAAAAAUCCAAUUGAAAUCAGUUUGGUUAAAUAUUUGUUCUGCAUUUAAGCAGAAUAUGAGAAAAUGGUUUUCGGUUGUCUUAAGGAGUGUCAAAAAUAUGUUUGACUCGAGUUUUACUAUCAAAUGAUUUUGUAUAGGAAAAAUCUAAUGCCUGAGUUGGUGUUUCGUCAUCUUUAUUUGGAUUUUCCCGUUUGAAAUUUGUAACUUACAAGGAAUUCAAAUUAUUUUCAUUUAUAUAAAGACAAAAUAAAAUAUAUUGUCGACUCAUUAAAUAGCUAAUUUGGAAUAGAUAAAAAAACACAGCAGGCUUACUUUGUGCAUAGGGCUUCCAUGCUUAACUCCUAUAUAUUUCACAAAA